AUGUUAGCCGGUGUGACAGUUCCCGUCGUCGACCUGAAGAGUCAGGUUGACGGAAUCAUCAGAACAGUUCGCGGCCAUCGAGAGAAAGUGGCUCAGGAUACACCGAAUAGCUUCGCAAGCAAACUAUACAUUGAAGACUGGCGAGAGAUCCGCCGUGCAUUCGCCGCGGCAGCAGAAGGCCGCGUGCCUCUUUCCGCGCGACUGGCUGAGGCGUGCCGCCUCGGAUUUCAGCUUGCGUCCCUCGGCGCCACUGAACUCACCUGGUCAGCGGUCUGUGAAAGCUUCGAGGACGAAUGGAGCGGCCGAAUUCGGGCCUUCGUGACUCAACAUGAAGCUAGCAACCGGCGGCUGUUCACAAGCGCUGCCGCCACCACGAAUCAUGGCGACCUGACCCCAUCACCUGCGACCCGAGAAGGAAUCUCGGGGAAGGACUUUACCGACGCAUCGCCGCGGCUUUGUCACCCUACCUGGAAGGAUGGGGAUGCGCCGCUGAUCGCUGCGCUGUACAGAAUGCUUCAACUGCGAACUGUGGUCUCAGUACAGCGCGUGCUCCAGAGUGACCCAGGUUUGCGCAAGACACAGUCUGUUCAAGAACUCCUCGAGCGACUGGACGAGUGCCGGAGUUACCUGCAUGCUUUCCUCCAGCUCUCGCACGAGGACCGCGAGUCACAGUACUGGAUUCCACUGAGCUGCAGCACGAUGAUCUACACCAUCUGCAGAUACUUGAGAGUGGAACAGCAUGCAUCGAUCUGUAGACCAUACCUGGCAUGGGCGCUCUCCUGCCUCGGUUCCAGCGCUCUACUCCUUGCGCCGCAGUACCUGGCUUGGAAAUCCUCUCUAGCUCUUCAGACGCUACGCGUCAGUGAAGCGGAAAGGGCGUUCAAUGACGCCAUCCGCGUGUGUGCGCGCAUGCUUGGCGAAGUCACACGGCUGGAGCUUUACGAGUCCAUGGAGCCUCCCGUCCCGCCCGAAAUUCAUUCCAUCUUGGCUCACACGCGGUUCCUCUUCGCGGCGCUCAGCCUCAAAUACAAAUGCUGGGCUCAGGAGCUUUCAGUAAGCACUGCCGUCGAGAGCCUCCAGCAGCUCACGAGGGACUUCGCGGAGCUGUAUGGCCACGCAAAAGACGCCGAGAAUUUGAGCCCGAACUUCGGCCGGGGGGCAGCCGCGGGCGUUUCCGCGCCGCACCCUCAGGGCCUGGAUGCAGCGGCUGACUCGCUGUCUGGCUCAACUUAUCUGCCAAAGCGCCUCUUCAUCACGCUGCUGCUCGAGUUCGCGACCGUGGGCGACGAAUCGCAGCGCCUCACUCAGCUUCCGGACUGGGGGAUCCACGUCGCUGUCCAGCCACCUCCUGAGCGGGAGACCUGCGGCGCCUGGAGCGCAGAUGCCGCGAGCUUUCCUUUGAAAAAUGAAGACGCCUCCGCGGGUGUGAGGCUCGCGGGGGGGGUCGAGGGUGCGCCGAGUCACGCAGCGCCGAGCGGAUCGGCGCUCACAGUUCAUAGGAGAAAAAAAGCAUGCGGAGGUGCGGCGGCUGGCGACGCCAGCAGGGAUGCGGUCACGCCGAAGGAUUCGAGUCACUACCAGCUUCAUCACACGCACUUCGUGGAGAAUGCAGAGAAUUCCUUGCAACAACGCCUUCUAGAGCAGUGUCUAAGUGUCGCUGGGGAAAUGCUCGAGGACAUCCUGGGGGCGACUGAGAAGAUGGACAAGCUACUCAAACCGGCUCUGCUUGCAGACGAGGCGAGUGCGUCUUCCGCGGCUCUGGCGCAACGCCUAGGGAAUGAAGGAUCGCAGAAGAAAACCGGGGCAAAAAAGAGCAGAAACAGCAGUAACGCGCCAGCGCCCGGCUGCGCGAAUGUCGCACCCGGCGUGUUGCCCUUUUUGGCGUCCGUUUUUGACGCCGUCAAAACCGCUCAGCGAGCCGCGACAGAGUUGCCUGAGGCAGUCCACGCGGAACUCUUUUUCUUGUGCUUCCGCUUCCGGCGAAAACUCGGCGAGCGCUUCCAUCGCCUAUGCCGAGCUCUCGACGCAAGGCUCCGCUACAGGCACUUCCUCGAUCCACCUCUGGUGGCUCUCGCCGUUUCGUCAAGCGUCGCGGAGGCGCGGGGCUCUCCGGUGUCUUCCGCGCUGGCGCCGAGCGAGGAGGCAGCAGAGCCUGCGCCGUGGGCGGUCGCCUCCUGCGACCUGCACACCCUGCGGCCGCCGCGAGCGCCUCCCACGGAGUCUGGCGCCGCCGCCGCUGAGCGCCCGCCGAUCGGCACGUUUCUCUUGGCUCAGCGAUGGGACUGGGAACGCGCACUGAGAGCUGCCCUGAGCGCCUGCGCGGCGAACGCGGAGGCCAGCUCGUCGGCAGAGAGUCUCCAGCAGCGCCUCAUCCGUCGCGAGCUCGACGAGGUGCCUCUGCUCUGCGACCUCCGCCCCGUCUGGGCGGCGACGCCCGAAGAAGCCAAGAAGCUUUUCACGCAAGGCAAGGCGGCGGCGGGCCUGCCGAAGGGGCCCAGGGAGGCCAGGCAAGCCGGGGGACAGACGGGAGGCGCGGCCGCCGUCGACGCCGCGGAGGUUUUCGCAGACCUCUUCGAGCCGCGCGCUGGGCCGCGGGCGAAGCUGAGCGACGCAGUCUCUGAAUUUCGGCAGACCUUCUUGAGCGACAUCGAGGGCGGGGACUCAUCGCCCGAGGUCGCCGCUCUCGUGGCGCUGGAGGUCCCUCUGCGGCGAGCCUGCGAAGCGCCAGAAGCCGCAAGUAACACAGCGCAGGCGCGACCUCCUCGUGAAAACCUUUACCUCGUCUACGUCCGCUGCUCGGCGCGCGCGUCAAAGCUUGAAAGUGCAGUCGAGACACGGGAUGGAGCUGACCAGGGCAUCGGCGCGGCCUCUGAGGCGGGGACUGCGGCGAGCCGACAGGCGUCACCCGAUCCGCGCUGCGCGACAGACAGCCCCCCUGCCGAUGGCGUCGGAGGGAGCGAAGAAGCAACCUCGACGCCCGCGGAGCUGCAGCGGCUGAGGUGCACGACCGAAGCAGUGCCGCGGUGGGUAGAUCUCGUGGUGGACACAGACGCGUUUCUCGGGACCUCGCUCGCGCAUACUAUGCUCCAACCUGCGAAAGACAUCGCCCUCGUGGCUUCUCAGCUGCCUCAUUCUCACCCUCCCUCGCCAAAGUUCUCGUCGCUGCUCCACCCGGACCUGAGGCUGACGCCCCCCGAGCUCCAUGGCCGACCCUUUCAGCUGUACGCGAGCCUGUGGGCGGAGGUGGACGCCGUUCCUCCGCUCAUCUCGCAGCUCAAAUGCAGGAUGGCGACGCUCCUUCUUUCCCUCGAGGAAACGAGACAGGACCUGCGCGAGGUGGAGGCCCUGAGCGACGCGGCCACGUGUGCAGCGGACUCAAGGCUAGCCACGACUGAGCUGCUCGCCAGGGACGCGGAGUACAGACGCCUCUUGGAGCUCAGCGCCAAACUCUUCGCGUGGGCUCUCCGCAGUCCCUGCCUGGGUGCGCUAUUUCUGGAAAAGGAACAGGAGUUCGUCUACGACGUUGUCUUCGAGCUGUGGGGGAAGCACGUCGCGGAGGUGAUUGACUGGGUCGCGCAGACGGAGCAGCAGACGCAGCAGCACGAGAGCGGCGAGAGGCCCCUAGAGGGCGAGCUCGCCGUUCUGCGUGGACUGCGCGAAGACUUGCUCUGCGCGGUGGUGCCUGUGCUUCUCCGCGUGAUGCUCGCCUGCGGUCUGCAAGACGCCAACGCACUCGCGCAGGCAACCUACGCGCUCACGAAGCUGCUCACGGCAAGGAACGAGCAACGACACGCGCGGAGGUACGUUCGCGCGACAGUGGCGCGCGUGGAGGAGCUUCUGGCGGCGCUGAUGCAGGAGGAGGCCGGGCGCGAAGUCGACCCCUGUUUGGUUGCGUCUCUGGAGCCUCUUCCGUAUCUGUUGGAGCUCGAAGAUUUUCGCCGAGGCCCGCGGCCUCUGGGCGCCCUCGACGCAGACCGCCCAGCCGCCGAGGUCGUCUCGCGCACGCGCCGCGGCGCCUACGGGCCGCCCUCGAGCCCAGCCGCCCCCGCGGGCGACGACGGCGCGGCCUCGGAGAAGGGCGAGGAGAGCUGCAGCGCCGCGGAAGAAGCGGAGGGCAGGGCGAGCGCCGCGACCCAACCCUGGAACGCAUUCGUGCUCGAGUGCGCGAGCCUGCUGCUGAUGCUCUACGACCUCGCCCUCAAACUCGAUCUUGAGCUGGAGGGGGAAGAGCCGCGCGAGACUGCGGAGGCGAGUUCGAAAAAAGGGCCGCGCCGUCCGGAGGCUGCGGCAAAGGCUGACCAGGCGCGGGCGGAGAGGCUGAUCCGGCGCCAGCUGCAGGCUAUGGGCAACAUAGAUUUGUCGCCGCGGGAGACGCACUUGCGGACGCGUUUGAGCGGGAAUCCGUAUCGCCUGUGUCUGUUUUGGCGGCGGCUGGCGGAGGCGCGCCGGGUGAACGCCGAGAGACUCCUCGCCAAGGCGAUUCGCGAGCUCGAACGCGCCGAGGAGACCGAGCGCCGCCUAGUGCACGGAGCCUGGCGGGCUGCGGAGGACUGGGGUGCAGCGCCCGUCUCGCGCCCGCCGGUGCUCGCCAGCCGCACACUCACUUCGCUUUCCGUCCGCAUGCCCUCCGCGCGGAAAAACAUCAUGUCUCGCGACGCCGCGAUCUCGCUCUUUGGCGGCAGAAUUGUCGGAUCGGGUGUUGCCGUCACCAAGCUCCACACCGAACUCCUCCACACUGGAUUCCGCCAUCGGCCGCAAACUGUAGUCACCAUUCCGAACCUCGCCCCAAACGCCAAUUACCACUUUGCCUGCGAAGAGCAUAUCGACGCGCGAAAGAGUCUGCCUCUGAGCGAGACGACAGCGGCCUUCGGCACGUACUAUCCUUUGUCGCUUCCUUUCCUCUGGCUCCACGUAUUGAGCUCCGCUGAAAAGCUGGGCCUCCGGAGCCUUUCCAAGAUCUGCUGGCAAAACACGUGGAGCUUCUUCUGCGAGGAGAAAAAGAGCCCGCCUGCCGCAAGCGACAUGCGCUUCUCUCGCCUAAGGCCUUCCGUAGUCGAACGCCAGCCUCCGCACGUGCUCAGCGCCUUCGCGCGCGCCGUCUGCUCAAAGUACGCGCCGAGCCGCUUGGCGCCCUCCGCCGCUUCCCCGCCGCGCGCCGGGGAGCCCUCUGCCUCUGCGCUGCAGGCGCGCCUCCAGACGCGAGGCUGGCGCCGCGCGGGCCGCCUGCUGGCUGCGGUGGAGGCUGCGCGGUUCGCAGGGGAUUUCGGAAGCGUCUUCCGCGCCGUGGAGGCCUUCGCGGCGCUCGUGGAGUCUCCUCUCCUGGCCUGCCGCGCGCUGCCGCAUGCGCGGCUCGCGGGGACUCUCACGUGCCUCGUCGCGCUGGAGGCUGCGCCGCGCCGCGCCUGGAGCCCGCGAGGCCACGCCCUUGCCGCUCUCCUCUUGGCGCGGCUGCUCGUGCUUCAGACGCAGCUCCUGCUGCCUCCGCUUUACUCGGCGCUGCACACGACUGCCUCCUUGCCGCGGACAUACCCGGAACGCAUGGGCCGCGCGUCUUUCACGGAAACCGAAAUUCUUCUGCACUCCGCAGUCGCGGCGAUUGUCCUCGGCGGCGACGCCGACAGUGCGCGCUUGAGAGCCGUGCUGCCGGAGACGAGUGAAGAAGAUAUGCAGGCGUCUAUCCGCGAGAUUAUCUCCCUGCGCCGCGCGACAGGAGCGGAGGACUCAGCUCAGUGCGCAUUCUCGAUUCUUGACCGCUUGCGCGUGCGGGAGGUCCUGAGGCUUUCUUCCUCCGCGCCUUCGUCCUCGCCCGCCGCCCCGCGCGGCUCUUCGUUCCCCGCGGCUUUGCACUUUUUCGGCCUGCAGAUGUCGCUCGCGCUGCGGAAAUGCGCCCGCGAGUGGAAGGGGCGCCUGACGCCUGAGUACGCCUGGCUGGUCUGCGAAGCGAGGAGACUUCUCCUGCGUGCUGCCGAUCCACAGCCGCGCGCAGUCGCUGCGUCUCCCUCUCUCUCGUCCUCUUCGGCUCCCGCGUCUGGUCCUGCGGGGUGGAUCCGCGCCUCCGCCGCUGGCGAGGAGCCGCUCGCUGCGGAUGCGUCGAAUUGGGGCGCGGGCGUCGGAGGGCCUGUCUCGCUGGCGGGCCGUCUGGCGACCGUGAGCCGCGCGCUGGUGCAGUUUUUUCUCGAGGAAACCAAGCAGGUUGGAAUUCUCCACUGCGACGUCAUCGAGAAGGUUGUCCCCGGCGGAGGCGACAUGAGUGAAUUGGCUGCCUCGCCUCGCUCCCUCUCUUCGUUUCGUGAGACACCCGCCUUCCUGGUUCGUCUGCUCCCGUCCCCUUCACCGCCUGCUUCACGUGCAUCUUCGCCAGCGGAGAAAAUGCGCGUCGCCGCUCCGUUGCCGGACUGCAGUUUGUCCUCCGCCUCCUCUGCCUCCCUCUCUGCGCCUUCCUCGGGGGCGAGCUCCUCUCCGCUCUCCCCGUCCCCUUCGAAUAAAUGCCGCUUCUUGCGCGACCGCGCGCUGCAGGAGGAGGACGUGCUGGAGUCGCUCGCGGCGGCUGGAGCCUCGCCGCUGACGGUCUGGAUUGCGGAGGUUGAGUUUUUGGCGGUGCUGCCUCUUUUGCAACUCCUUCGCGAGGUCACGCGCGAGGCGCGCGUGGAAGGCUGGCGCUACGCCGUGCUGGACGUGUCGCUGGACGCCGACCAGCGCGAAGCGACUCUGCGAGCCCACGAUCUCCUGUGGGCCUUCGAGGCUGCCGCAGCCGCCGCAGGCUCGCCGGCGGACGGAAAGACACCUGCCGCGCACGCACACGACGAAUGGCUUGCGGCCGAGGCCCAGGCUGAGCUGUCUGCCGCCAGAGAGGGGCGACGCAGAGAGAGGAGGGCUGAGGCGGCCUCUUCGUCUGUCUCAAACUCCAGGUUGGGCGCUUCACCCGCAGGGGGGCCUGUCGCCCGUUCGCCCCGGCCUGCGGCGCCUCCUCCGCCAGCCUCUCCCUGCGGCGCCUCGCCGCCCGCGGCCCCGCCCGGCCCAGAUGCUUCCGCGGACCUGUCGACCCUUUGCACCCCUGCAGAAGACCCGCAGGGCGCGGGUCUGCGGCGGCAAAAUUCCUCUGCCUCUGUCGCUUCGAGGACUGGGCUCGACGCGCGCCGCUCGCUCCUUCCGCGCUCGCAGACGCCAGGGGGGCGAGGGUCCUCGCAGGCGCCUGAAGCGUCGAGAGAUCGCGACGCUUCGGCGUCGUCGUCGUCGUGUCCGCCAGCUGCGCUGCGUUAUGCGUCUUCUGCAUCUUGUGGCUCUUUCGACUUUUUUGAGGCGUUGGAUGGCGCGCGGCGCCGCGAAGCAGAGCUCCGCCUCGUGGCAGCCAUCCUCGGGCACCUGGCGCAGGCGUCGCUUGUGGCGUCUGUCGCAAGGGCCUCUCAGCUGGUGGAGCUCUGCCUGUGCUGCGCCUUGAACACGCUGCUUUGCGCGGUGCCUCUGCCGAAAGAAAUAGUCGACUUGUCAGCGCUGCUGUCGGGAACAGCAGCAGACAGCUGUGAAGGCGACGACGAGCUCCGCGACACCGCCCGCGAGCCCCCCGCCGUCGCGCAGCCGAAUCCAAGCGGUUUGACCUCUGGGUCGCUCGCCGCUGCGCUUGUGACCAGCCACGCAACCCCGGGAGGCCCUGGUGGACUGAGUGUCUCUCUCGGGCGCGAUUUGGCCUUGUCUCCUGCGCGGGACGCCACAUGCGACAGAGCCGCCUCCGCGCCCGGCUUCUCACUCGCUGCCUACCUCCUGAUGGCAGGGUUGAAUCCCUUUUCGCCGGCUGCCGCCCCGCAGCUUUUCGAAAGCGCCCGUGCAGCGGCUCUUCCCGCCGACUUCGGCCUUCCGCUGCCGCCGCUUUUCGCCUCAGCCCUCGGCGGAGACCGCGCGACCGCAGGCGGCUCUGCCGCCGGAGACAGAAGAGACAGGGGCGGUCGGGGCCCAGCGGCGGGUGGCGAGGCUUUGCCGGCGACCUCGGCCGCGAAACCGGCGACAGGCAGCGCAUCUACGCGCGCUUCAGGCGGCGGAAAAGGGACUAUGCUUGGCGAGCGGAGCGCCACGCUGACGCUGCGAGGGCGCGUGGGAGACGCCAAGCCGAUAGGCGGCGUGCUCAGCCCCUCCGCGCUCGGCGGCGUGGGGGGGGCCGGCCCAGGGGCGUGCGCGCGAGAGGAGCGCCGCACUGAAGACAAGGGACAGCCGGAGACUGGAGGCGAGACGGGCGGCGAGCCGCAACGAGACUCCGGAACGACUGCGCGUCUGCUGCCGCCCUUCUGGGUCAGCUUCGGAGUCUUGGCGCAGAUGUGCGUCGACUGGCUCACCUACCGCGCGAACGCAGAGCGGCCUCGAAUCGGCAGCGCGGCGUCGGAACGGGGGCGUGCCGACGCGGAGAGGGAGAACGGAGGCGAGCGCGGAGGCGAGCGCGCGGACACUCCAGAUAGCGCGGACGCAGCGGGCCGCUCCGCACAGGGCUCGCGACGACGCGAAGGUGGCGGCGAAAAUGCGGCUGAGGUGGCAAGCAAGGAUUCCCCGGCGUCCUUUCGACGCCCAGACGAGGAGCGCCAUCGGGAUGGAGAAGGCACGCUGAACAGGAGAGAGACGUCGACUCGCGCCGCGUCUCAGGGCGCUUCCGAGCGACGUUUGCCCUGGUGCGGAGACUGGGAAACGGCGAUGCAGGCUACGCGAGACGUCUCCAGAGGGACUUGGCCAGGAUGCAGCAACGCGUACGAAGAUAUCGGCGGCGACAGACCCCGUUUUGAAACGGCGGACCUCGACUUGCAGAACCUCGCGCGACUUUUUCUUUUUUGCAUCCAAGUCCUGAUGCUCAAGGCGCGGUGGCAUCAAGUCGUCGCGCUGUCCUCGCGCUUCAACUCGCUGACUGGAGGCGUCUUUUCCUUCGCCCUCUCGUCCUACGCGCUCGCGGCGCAGCAGCAGGUCGUCGCGCUGACCAAGGCGGCUGUGGAGGGCAGCAGAGAGCAACUCCGCAGAGCCGAGCGGGAGCUCGCAGGGCCUCGCGGCGACACGCGCAAGACGCAGAGGCGUUUCGCGCGGGUUGGGAAUGCGAGUCGCGAAGAGCGCAUUUUCUUCCAUCGAAAAAAAUGCUACGACGCCGUCCUCGAGGGUCAGCUCUUCGCCUACGGGCUCUCCAGAGCGGUGGAGGCGCGGCUGAAGCAAGAGAAAGCUGAAGCCAGGAGAUACGAGUCUCCAGGCGAGUCACAGCUGCGCUCGGCUCGCUCCGAGUUCUUUCGACUUUGGCGCGACCUAGGCGGUGCGCCGUCGUCUUCCGCCGCUGCAGCCUCUCUGGGCCUCCCUCGCGAGUCUCCUCCAAACGCCCCAAGCCACGGCAACUCAUCGUCCGCGUCCUUUUGCCCUGACCCUUCAGUGUAUUCUUGUGCCGAGGGCGCCGUCGCCUGUGCGUUGCUCCCGAGUUCGUCAGGUUCGGGUUCGCCCUGCGGCUCGCGAUCUGCUUCGUCGCCGCUGCCGCCUUCGUCGGCGUCUCUGGUGACCCGAUCGCGUUCGCCUCCUGUCUCCGCGGGCGCGGAAGCGCGGAGGCAGGCGCUGCUGGAGGCGUACCGCGCGGCUGAAGGGGCUCUGCGUAGACACCAGAAGACGGAUCUUCUGGCGCUGACGCUUUUCGAGAAGGGGAAUUUGCUGUGUGUCUCAGGCCGGCCGCGGCUCGCCGUGAAGGCGUGGCGCGAGGCACUGGGUGCGGUUUACAUGCAGCUCGACCUGUUCGAGGCUUUUUCGGAGAGCAACCACGCGCCGGAUGCGACCCGCGACUGCCUUCGACAGAAAGCAGGCCUCGGAGAGAAGCCGACGAGCCACGACGGCCUAAGCGUAGGCUCCGCCGCUCGCCCAGACUCGCGCCGAGGCGUGACAAACUGGACGUCCGCGGCCUCUGCGGACGAGUCUCUUUGCCUCGUCUCCCUCUCCAGACAAGCGCACGCGAGCGCCUUCGGGGGCGAGCGAUUGAUCCCCUCUUCGCCCGCCGCUCCCCCUGCGACCCCCGCGAACUUCUCCCAGUUGCCUUCCUCCUUCUCGCGGGGAAGCGAGCUGCCGAUUCAGAGCCGACCGCCGCAGGGCGAGCCGCCUGGGGCCUCUCGAUCUGCGUCGGCCGAUCUGCGUUCCUCUGCGUCUGUCUCUCCUCAGAGCGGCUUCUCGACUCGCCUAUCUCUGCAGAGCCUGGUACCUCUGUACUUUGCGGCGCGGCUGGGGUACUUCAACGCGUUGGAUGCCCACCUCUCGGCGGCGCGGUUCGCGGGGGCGCUCGUGGCGCAGAUCCUGGCGCAGGCCGGGCCUGCGCAGACGUCGUCGCCGCGCUUCUUUGCGUGGCGAAGCGACGGCUUCUGGCGGCACCGCCUGCCCGAGUUGGGCCUGCGGGUGGGGUGCCGGCUGCAUGCGCUCUUUGAAGCGUCAGAGACGCGCGUCGCCGGCGCCAACAUGCAGCGCUUCCUCGAGGCGCUUCUCUGGUUUGGCCAAACCCUCCUCGACGCGCGGAGCCACGCAGACAACGCCCACGCACUCUUCGCCCUCGCCGAAUUCGUCGCCGCGGAGGUCUGCCGGUCCCUGCGCGCAGCCACCGAGGGCCGCAUCCGACGGGCUCUGCUGCUCACGAGCGUGGGUGACCUCCAGGCUGCGUUUUGGCAGUUGAUGUGCGUGUGGCAAGGUCAGGACACGCACGGCAGCUCGGCGUUUUCGCGGGACUGCCUCGACGAGACGUUAGAGCCGCAGGGCUCCUGCGGCCUGGUUCACGUCCCCGGCGUGUCGUCCUCGACGGCCCAGCAGCCGUCUUCUCACGCUUCCUCUGCGUCCGGGUCUGCUGCGGCCUCUCCCUCUGCUUCGGCGGUCGGCGGUGCGCUGAAUCGGCCGCGCGUCGAGGACGGCUUCGUGAACUUCAGGCCUCCGCACUCCGCUACGAACGCGCGGGCGCUCGAGGCUACGCUGGCCUUGGCUCUCUCGCCGCAGCAGGAAGAGAGCUUGGGGCGUGAAAACGCCUUCUUGUUCGCUCUCGCGCGGGCACAGUGCUGCUUCGCCGCUGACGAAAGGCUGCCCGUCCAUCUAGGCGACAGAUUUCAGUACCAUUCAGAGCGCCUUGAGCGCCUCUCGGCUCUCGAAGCGUUCCUGCUCAGCCUUGCGAAGGACAUCCUCGCGGACCGGCAGCACGAGGGAGGGCGACCGAUUCCGCUCCUUCCAGAGGCCUCUCCGGUCUCUGCGACAGCGAGCCGGGGAUCGCGACAGGCGGGAAGCGGCGGCGGCAGGGCCUCAGGCCCCGCGGGGGGCGCGGGCGAACAGCCGCUCCCGGUCAGCGCGAAAAGUGAAGCAGGAGGGGCGUCCUUUUUCGAGGUUGCUCAGCGGGCGCAGGAUCUCCAUCUUAUUAGGGCCCUCGCGUGGGAGGCGCUCCUGCGGGCGCUGCUGCUGCUGGCGAGUGUGUAUGAGGCGAAGGCGACGCCGAGGGAGGCGUUUGUGGUGCUUCAAGCGGCGGCGGAGCUGGCAGCGCGGCGCCUCCGCGGCCUGCGCCUCGACUCUUCGCGGCCCUGCGUCGCGCCUCGGCGUCGCGUGCCUAGCGCGAACGAAGGAAACAGAGCCGGCGAAGAGGCAUCAGGGCACGCAGGAAGGGGCGAAGCCAAGAGCGCAUCGCGGCCUCGAGAACGAACAGGAGAGAAGUCAGCUGCAGACGAGCGUGACGAGGAGGAGACCCUCGCCUUCAGGCCCCCUGGCGUUGACAUUCUCUAUCCCAUGCCCGAGCUGAGGCUUCAGCUUUAUCUCCGCCUAAGCCAGGCAGCUGUCCAGCUGUCUCGAACGGAGGCGUCAUCGCUCGUUGACGCCCUCCUCGAGCGCGCGUCAGGCCACCGGGCGUCCUCUGAGCCAGGCGCUUUCUCGCGGACUCGCCUCUCGCCUUCGCCUUCGCGCCCGGAUUCGUUCACUUCGCUCGCAGCGCUCUCUACUCGAUCCUCGCUGCGGAGCGCCUCUGCGUCGGCGUCCUCGCUCGGACUCUCACCUCUGCCGACUCCUGCGCCACCUCCCUGCCCGCCGUCAGCGCUCGCCCCUGCGCCGCCGCCGCCUCUGGAGCGCCGCCGCAGUCUGGCCACCGCCUGCGCGCCUCUGCUGGUGGUCGACGGCCUCCUCACUCGCGUCGAGGCGCUUCUGCUGGAGGGUCGCCUCCGCGAGGCCUUCGGCGCGGCCCUGGGCGCGCUCAGGUAUUCGGAACACCUGCACCUGCAGAACUCGCUGCAGUUCGUCAGGGCCUGCCAGGCCGUCUAUCUCCUUCUCGCUUCGCAGCCCCAGCUCUUCGCCCACCGCCUCGCAGAGGAGGCCGGCGCAGACACGCGCAGCGCCACGCAGAGCGACGCCUCCCAAGCCGAGGCCGGAAGAGCAGGCUGCGCGCCUGCGACCUGUGCUGCCGAAGGCGCUGGACGUCCCGCGGCCGGGGAAACGCGCCUCGCGGAGCUCUGCGCUCUGCUCACCAGCCCACAGAAAACUCUCUUGCCGUCCUCUCGCUCGGGCAGCAUGCGGGACGGAGUACCAACUCCACCGACGCCCUCCCUCGCGUCCGGCAAGAAGGAGGUGCUCGCCUCGCUUUCUGCGCAAGUCUCGCGAGAGAGGGGGGAAAAGGCAAGGGCCGGGUGCCCUCUCUCGCAGUCCAUCUGGCUCUUCGCGGAGCAGCAGGAAAGGGCGAGGCGGGGCGACGCCAGAGAGGGCGACGAGGGCAGCGGGAAUCCAAGAGCCUCCGCAGAGCGCAAGGCAGCAGGGCGCGCGUUGCCACGCUCCGCUGCGUCUGGCCUUCGCGGCAAAGCGCGAAGGAGGGAGGAUUGCGUCCACGCAGACGAAGGCCUUCUGAGCCUUCCGCUGUGCAGGAAUGCAGCGGAGAUGGCGCAAACCGGGAAGAAAGGCUGCGCCCUCCCUCUGUCCUCCGUCGCGUACGCCGCAGGAGGGUCUCAGUUCGCGCGACUGUCGCUGCUCCAAAACCUUCUCAUCGAAGCCAUUCAACGACUAGAUGCAAACUUCCUCAAACACGAAGCGUCGCACGGAGCCGGGGACGAGUCCGAGACGCCUCUCCCGCGCCACGCCGUCAACGCCUCCGAAGGCGGAAAGCGCGAAGCGACCAGCUGCGUCUCGCAGGCGGAGGAGACUGGCGACGCACGCUCCAAGCUGGAGGAGACUGUUUCUCGUCCCGCGGAGCCUCGGGCUGCAGAGGGCCUUCUCCUCAGCGGAGCCGGGCUCCUCUCGCCCUCCGCGUUUGGAGCCGACUUCGACGCGGCUGUCGUCAUGAGCCUGAUUCGCGCGGUGUCGCCCAGCGAGGCGACCUGCCGACCCGCGGCGCCUUCGCCUGCUAGGUCGUCGUCGCAGACCUUCUCUGUCGAGGUUCCCCCCUCUUCUCUGCUUGCGCCUCUCAGCGCGUUCGCCGCAGAGUUGCUUCCGCUGUCGCUGCAAGUGGCGAGGACACCAAUGCCCUAUUCGCACUUUCUCGCUUUCGUCGCGCAAGAAAACCGCUUGCGUGGCACCUGUCCUCCUUUCCUGCAGCCGCCAGGAGGCGGCGGCCCGGAGUGGGAGGCACCCUCUCCCCCUGUCUCUUCGGGCGCGCCGGAGCCCAACCUGUACGUGCCGGAGCAAGAGCAACGGCUGCGCCUGGGCGUGGAGCUGCUCGACGUGCUGCUCAAAAAGGGCGACUACGUGCGGGCGAGUUUCCUUGCGGCAGACCUGGUGCCGCGCGUCGGCAGGAUCGCGGCGGUGCUCCCUUUCUUGAGUGCGCGCCUCGGGCUUCUGCAUCUCCAGGCCCGGAGACUGGGGACAGACCGGGCUCGCCUGGAGAGACAGACUCUGCGCCUCGUCGACCCGAACCUGCGCGCGCCGUCGCCGCCGGUGCUUCGACCCGACGAACGGCGCUGCCGAGACCGGCACUGGAUGCGGCAGGUGGGGAAAUACGUGGGCACCGUGCGUAGCCUCUCGGCGUUCACCGAGGCUCUCUGCGGCCACGACUUCGAGCUUCUCGUGGCGCUCUACCAGGAAGGCCUGCGCGGUCUCCUCACCUACUUUCUGCUGGAGGAGGCGUGCCAGCCUGCGACCGCCGCGAGAAAGGCCGCCGUCAUGAUGAUCUGCGCGUUUGGCGCGGCAGUCGAGGAGACGGCCGGCCUUCAGAGGAAGUCUCUCAAGAGCGCCGGCGUCUUCAUCACUGCGGGCUCCGAAAAAAUCAGCCAGGGCGGAGGAGGCGGCAGGGGCGCGGGAGGCCUCUCUGUGCCUCCGGCCUUCGCGGGGACAGGCGGCGGAUCCCAGGGUGCCAGGGACGGAGACAAAGGAGAGAGAGGUAGCCAGGCCGCCCUAGACACGGGAAAACUGCCCGCUGCAGUCACUAAAUUCCUCGCCGCGGUCGUCGCCAGGGAGGAAAACAGGACUGAAGACUGGGAACUCGCCUCGCCGAAUCCAGAUACGAAGCUGGCCCUGCCUUCGCUGCUAGCUUGCCUUUCUUCUCUCCGCGCCCGGUGUGCGCUCUUCAACUCGUUUCAGCGAGAAGACCGGGCGACGGCGGACUUCCUCCACACGCUUCUGGCUUCGCACGUGCCGCGGCAUCGCGCCCUCGCAUGCCUCUCUCGCAACCCAUUCCUUCUGCCUGGCAGCGCCAAGCCGGCUGUCGAGGCCGCCGCGAGCGGAGCGGCAGCGACCCCGACGCCCCUGAAGGCUUCCGGUCUACCGCCCCCCUCAUCUGCGCCGGCGCCGGCGCCAGCCGCCGGGCUUGCCGCGCCAACCUCUGCGGGGGCGCAUGUCUCCUCGGCUUUUUUCGCUCAGCCGGAUGAGGCAGCCCUCGAGGCCGCGUGGCGGGCCUUCACGGAGGGGCCUUCGCGGCUAGCCUGGAUCUGCCUGCCGCCCGCGCCCUUUGACUCGGCUGAAAACGCGGCGCUCGACGCCUCAGCGCGCCAGUGGACGCUCGCCGCGCCGCAGACCGACUGCGACACCGUGGUGCUGCUGGCGUGCGCACGCGGAAGGACGCUGGCGGCGGGAGGAGGCGCCACGGCAGAGAAGGCCGAAAAAGGAGACAAAGCUGAAAAAGGCGCCAAGGCUGAAAAAGGAGACAGAUCUGAAAGAAGCAGCCUCGCCCUAGUCUCCGGCGCUUCUGCUCAGCUGAGCGGGUCCGCGCGGUCGGCGGGGCUCUCUCCCGAAGCAGGAGCGAAAGAGAAAGGCAGCGCGUCGUCGUCGUCCGUGGCCCACGAGGCCUCCGUCUCAAGCCCCUCCGCGAGGACGGGCAGAGAAGGGCUCGCGGGCGGAGAGAGAGGCCCGGAGGGAGGCGAGGACCACCCCAGAGGGGACGAGGCCCUCGCGGAGACCGGCUGCGAGGCUACCGUGUACCUGGGUCAGUACAGCCGGAGUCGGCUUCUCGAAUUAAGCUUGCUGUUCAAGAAGCUCGGCCGGCAGGUCCCUCGAGGCGGCCGCGGAGCCUGGACUCCGGCGCAAGCCGCCGCGCUUCCGGCGGCGCAGCUCCUGCCUCAGGCCUGCCCGCCGUCGUGGGCGACGGAGGAGAACCUGGCCACGUACCGAGUGCGGCCGCUCGAGUGCAGGCCUGCUCGGCACCCUGAACGGUGGAGGGGCGGAGGCAGGGCGUCGCGGCUGUCCAGCGCGCCUCGGCCGUUCUCCGCGGGGAGUCUCCGAGCCGGCGCCUCUGGCGGCCCCGCGCAAGUCGCCUCCGUCCUCGGGCCUUCGCAGUCUGGCAGCUCCGCGCUCUGUUCCUUUUCGUCCUCGGCGUUUCUGGGAAGUCGUGUGGGCGGGCUGAGCGGCGCAGGGCGGAUAGAGCUCGGCGGCGCGCCAGGCCGCCGCGUAGGCGCCCUCGAAUUCAUUCAGGAGCUCAAUCACGAGGACAGCCUCCGCGUGCAUACCGCCAGGCGAGCGCAAGCCGUCAAAGCCGUCUACCGACUCUGGAGUGACUUGCGCGCGCUCACGAAGGAGCUGCCCGCCGCGGGGCAGGGAGCUCCCCCCGCGCACGAGCCGACCAAGGGGGGGAGCGCGAAGAACAAAAAGACAGGGACUUCCCAGGCCGCGGCAGCUUCGGGCGAGCCUUCCGCGCCGAGCCCUGUCGCAUACCCCGAGGCGGGUCCUGCGGCCACCCAAAACGCCCGCGCGAGCGUCAUCGACGGGGUCGGCGAGGAGGUUCUUCACCGCUUUCUGGCGCUUUGUGCGGAGCUCGCCAACCCCGUUUACACCGCGAACACGAGUGAAAGCGAGGCGCUCAAUCGCUUCUUGACAAACGCCCUCACGCCGUGUGCCAUCAGCCAUGUCUCCAGCGGCGAGCAGUCCACGGAGGAGUGA